AUGCUCUCGGCAAAUGGAUCAUCCUAGCUGAAACCAGAGCGCAAGCCGCCAUGGACAGGAGGCAACGGAGAAACCCUUCUGCUUCUUCUUCUGCCUUUUCAUCUCCAGCUUCAUCCUCAUCGCGUUUCCGCUCAGAGAAAUUCUCCUCGAAUCCCCCAAAAACUAGUAACUCCCUGGAGGAUGCUCACCAAUUGAAAAGCAAAUGUGGGAAGCCACAAAGACCAGAGCAAGAGGAGGAAGAAAAGCAAGAUCCGAACAGUCUUCUCUCCUUAGUUGGAACUUGCCCCUUCAUGUGCCCUGCUGGAGAAAGGGCCCAACGUGAACGCCUUCGGGACUUGGCUGUGUUUGAGAGGUUACACGGAAAUCCUGGGAAAACAUCUCCAAGCCUUGCUGUCAAAAAGUUUUGCAGAACCAUUGCCACUAAGCACAUGCAGGCGUCAGAUGUGCGGCCACUUCCAGUGUUGGAAGAGACUUUGAACUACCUAUUAAACCUGUUGGAUGCCACGGAACAUCCUUUUGAAGUGGUUCAUGAUUUCGUCUUUGAUAGGACAAGAUCAAUAAGACAAGAUCUUAGCAUGCAGAAUAUCGUUAAUGAUCAAACAAUUCAUAUGUUUGAAGAAAUGGUGAAAUUUCAUAUUAUAUCCUACCACAAGCUUCGCAGUUGUAGCAGCAAGCCAAGUUUUUCUUCAGUUCAUUACCUCAAUAUGGAGCAGCUGAAAAAGUGUCUGAUAUCUCUAUAUGCUCUGUACAAAGAAAAUCGAAAUUCAAAUUCUAUUUACAAGAAUGAACCUGAGUUCUACUCAUUUCACGUUCUUCUUCAUCUUGGCUCUAACAGCCAACCAUUGGGAGAGUCACUCUCUUUGUGGUUGGGUCGUGUACCUUCUCUCAUUUUGAAGUCAAAGGAAAUGUGUUUUGCUCGGAGACUUUUAAGAUUAUUUCGGAUGGGCAAUUAUAAGCGUUUCCUUUGUACUACAGCAACUGAGGCAUCUUAUUUACAGUACUACAUAAUUGAACCUUACAUCAAUGAGGUUCGAGCAUUGGCAUUGUCAUGUGUAAAUUAUUGUGGCUACAAACUUCAUCCGUAUCCAAUUGCACACUUGUCCAAACUCUUGAUGAUGAAGGAAUUAGAUGUGGAAUCAUUUUGCAAUGCUUGUGGUCUUGAGACCAGCACUGAUGAACGGGGAAAUAAGUUCUUAUCAACCAAGCAAACAAACUUCCAUUAUCCCAAGGAAGUCUUUCCAAGCUACUGCCUUUUGGGUUUGGAACACUUUUAGAGGUAACAAUCAAUUGGAACUAGUUACUCUUUCAAACUUCUUAUUGUACAAAUAUAACUGCAUGUGCAACCAUUUCUGAUCCCAUAAUUUCAAGAAUUUAUGACACCUUCUAGUGGUUAGUUUUUUUGGGAAUAGAGUAAAGCAAUCUAUUCACUCCCAGAAACUAUCGUCAAAGGAACAGUAGAUAACCUCGCAAGACCAAAUUUAUGUGUGUGCAUGGAGAUGCAUGUUUUCUGCAUCCCAAUCAUGCAGUGUUGUGCCAAAUGGAAUAAUAGCAAUGAUGAUAAGUGGUAUUUCUAAAAUCUUCUAAGAGUAUUCCAUCUAUUGUAAUAUUGUUUUCUCAAAAUUGUCUUUGAGUCUUAUGUGUAAAUAUUAGAGUUGACCUCUUGUAAGCUAUCAACUGAUGUUGUAACUUAACUUGAAAGGGAAAUUCUAUAAAUUUAGCCUUGGUUUGGCUCUUGGAAAGCAAAGAAAAAUUAGGUUAA